AUGUCGACCCAAGAAACUGCAAAGACUUUAUUUCUUACUGCUGAUGGGAUUGACUUCGCCUAUCGUCUCAUCGGCAAGUCGAACAGUUCUCAGCCUCCACUUCUCAUGCUCAAUCAUGUCCGAUCUACAAUAGAUACCUGGGAUCCUGAGCUGAUCAACAACCUCACCGCAUCAGGUCGCCAGCUUAUAACCUAUGACUACGCUGGCCUUGGACACAGCAAAGGGCCCGUUGCGACAAGUAUCAAGGGCUUUGCGAUCAAUCUCCUCGCGUUUCUCAACGUUUUGCUCUUGAAGCUUAAUGUCAAAGAGGUUGACGUCUUGGGCUUCUCGAUGGGAGGGUAUAUCGCGCAGGAACUUGCUCUUGAUUCCCCCAAUAUCCUUCGGAAAUUGAUUCUUGCUGGCACUGGUCCCAGUCUUGGUGCUGGCCUGGUGCGCCCUAUGAAUGAGAUCCAAUCUAUCGUCUUCAGCCCUACGCCUGGCCCAGCCACCAUCGGUGCUUUUUUCCCUCCCACUACAGGCGACGAAGGUGCUGCAUGGCUCAACAGGAGUUCUUCGUCGCGAGCCGGGGUCGCUGGAAAGAACGGCGAACCUGAGAUCGCACUGUUCACCACGGGAACGCCUCUUCUCAAUCUGACUCAGGCAUAUCUUACAUGGGACGCAGACCCUCUUCCGUAUGCUCUUUUACAAACCAUUCAGAAGGAUGCUCUGGUUACUUGUGGCGAUAAUGACCUGAUUGUUCCUACACAAAACUCGUUUGUUCUUGCGAGGCAGCUCCCGAGAGCCAACUUUGUCAUGUUUCCAAGCAGUGGGCAUGGGCACUUGUUUCAGUACGCAAAGUACUAUGCAGGACUGGUUGGAAGUUUUUUGGACGGUGAUCUUCCUUCUGCUCCGUUUUCAGCCGGAGAGGUCCCUGGUUUAGAAUAG